AUGUCUUCAGCCGUAGCAGAGUUGGAGAACUAUCUCCAGUCCAUGCUCGCUUUGAAGCCUCCCGGUGUAUCUGGUACCAAGAUUCAAGGCAUCACAGCUUUAUGUAACGCCAACGUCCAGAAUGAAUCCGUCUUGAUCCAAAAAAUCUACACACAUUUCAAGAAGACUCCGGGAACUCACAAGCUGGGCGUACUCUACGUCGUAGACUCCGUAACCCGACAAUGGGUAGAGGCUGCUCGCAAAGCCGGUCAACCCUCUGGUAGCGCGGCUCCCGAUGGAACGUUCGCAGCUGGUGUGAAUCGCGUCACUGAAUUGUUGCCGGUAUUGAUGGCCGACAUCAUUAACAAUGCUCCCAAUGACCAAAAGGAGAAAAUUAAGAAGCUCAUCGACAUCUGGGAGCGCGGCGGCACUUUUCCCACUACCAUGUUGGCCUCGUUCCGCGAGAAACUCAACGCCCCUGCACAGAAUGUUGAAUCCACAACUCCCGAGGGAUCUCCUGCUCCGGGUUUCAACCCACUUGGCUCUGCCGCUCAAUCUCAAGCCCCGUCGGCCACCAGUGGUUCUGGAGCGCCGGCUGACACUUCGAGCAUUCUGAAAGCUCUUGCCGACAUGGCGAAGCAAAGCUCGACCGCUGCUAACUCUGCCGCCCCUGCUGCACCAACAGCUUCGGCCGUGCCCAAUCCACUGGCUGCGUUGACGGGUGCCAUUCCUCCGGCUGCCUCUGCCGACUCGUCAUCUGUCACUCCCGCCGCCAAUCCCUUUGCUGCCAUGGCUGCAAACCCAUAUGCCGCUUUGGCUGGAAUGGCUCAGAAUCCGGCCAUGCCUCCUCAGCCUCAGAGCCAAAGCAACACUCCUAACCCUCUGGCUACGGCUCCCAACCCUUUGGCUGUCAUGAUGGGCCAACAGCCCAGCGCCGUUCCUGGAAUGCCUGAUGGAAAUGCAUUCUCCCAACAACUUCAGCUCUUGCAGUUCCUGUCGACUCAGGGCAUUCCUCAGGAUCAGUGGGCCACUGCGCUGCAACUUCUCAACAUGUCCGGUGCCAUGGGCGGUGCAAACCCGGCCGCCGCGAUCCCUGGAUUCCCCAUGAUGCCGGGUCAGGCGCCUCCUCCUGCCGCUGCUGGCGGCUGGGGUCAGCCGGAUACCCAAGGUCGUGAUGACCGUGAACGUGACCGCGACUACCCUCGCUCUCCCAAUGGUUAUCGUCGCCGCUCUCGCUCUCCUGGCUGGGAUCGUCGUCGCACCGCGUCCCCUCCUCGUCGCCGCGACAGCCCUGUGUAUGGUGAAUACCACGGUGACUCUCCCGGCCGCCGCGGUGAUCCUCGCGAUGGUCGUGGAGGUCGUCGCGGUGGUGGUGAAUAUCGUCAGCGUAGCCCUCCUGGUGGCCGUCGCCGUCGAACUCCUUCUCCUCAGCGUAACAAGGAUCCCAAUCUUCCCCCUCCCGGUCCUAAGCUCAUCGAGUGGGACUACUCCAUCGGCCAGGGCAACAUCAAAGUCCUUAGCCGAACCCUCUUUGUUGGUGGUGUGACAUCCUCCGAGGCACACCUGCGAUCUCUCUUCGGACAAUUUGGUAUUGUCCAGACUUGCAUCGUCAACGUCGACAAGCGUCACGCUUUCAUCAAGAUGAUCAGCCGCCCCGACGCGGUUGCUGCUCGUGAUGGAAUGGAAUCCUAUCGACAGGGAGAAAUGCAGCUGCGUACUCGUUGGGGUGUUGGUUUCGGUCCUCGUGACUGCAGCGACUACCAGACUGGUAUCAGUGUGAUUCCUAUCGAGCGUCUGACAGAAGCUGAUCGCAAGUGGAUGCUGACUGCCGAGUAUGGAGGUACUGGUGGUCGAUCCAUCGAGUCGGGCAUGGUUGUCGAGGAGCCAGACAUUGAAAUCGGCGCUGGUGUGUCUUCCAAGGCCAUCAGCCGUCGCAUCGCAACCGACACUGGUGGUCGACGUGGACCUAUCUCAUCUCGCGGUGGCCAUGAGCAGGGACCGCCUCGGUUCGGUGGAGGUGGCCGCGGUCGCUUCGAUCGUGAUGGCUACGGUGGUGGGUCCCACGGCUCGCAUGGUCAGGGUCAUGACCAGCAGCAAGACAUGAUGGGUGCGCAAAAUCCCGGUGUUCCUCCUGCCGUUCCUGCCUAUGGCUUCAACUUCCCCGGCAUGCCUGCCAUGCCUUUCUUGCCUCCGGGAUUCAUGAUGGGCAACGCUCAGCAGCCUGGAAGUCAGCCUCCUCCCCCUGGACAGGGCAACUAG